GCGGGCGGGCGCGCGAGGCUGGCGGGCGGGCGGCGGGAGCUGGAGGAGGAGCGGCUGCCGCCGCCACCGCCGCCGCCAUAGAGACUGUAGCCGUGGAGACUGUUACUUACCAACGGGGACCAACACGCAGCAGCCGCUGCUGCCGCCGCGGGAGCCGCUGCCCGAACUCCCGGCCCGAACUCCAGAGCUGAGCAUGCAGAAUUCGGAGGGUGGAGCCGACUCGCCGGCCUCCGUGGCUCUGUGUCCGUCGGCGGCAGCCCAGGCCCCCAUGGCCCAGCCUGUGCCAGCCUCCCCGCAGAGGGUGUUGGUCCAGACAGCGGGCUCGGCUCCCAAAGGGGCCCAGAUGCAGCCAAUCUCCCUCCCCAGGGUCCAGCAGGUGCCACAGCAGGUCCAGCCCGUGCAGCACGCGUACCCGCCGCAGGUGCAGUACGUGGAGGGCGGAGACACGGUCUACACCAAUGGAGCCUUACGGACCGCCUACGCCUACAACCCGGAGCCUCAGAUGUACGUCCCGAGCAGCACGGCCUCGUACUUCGAGGCCGCGGGCGGCGCGCAGGUGACCGUGGCAGGCUCCUCCCCGCCAGCGGUCCCCUCCCACGGCAUGGUGGGCAUCGCCAUGGAUGUCGGGGGGACCCCCAUUGUCUCCGGCGCGGGAGCCUAUCUCAUCCACGGGGGGAUGGACAGCAGCAGGCACCCCCUGGCCCACGCUUCGCGGUCGUCUCCGGCUACGCUUGAAAUGGCGAUUGAAAACCUCCAAAAAAGCGAAGGGAUCACUUCACACAAAAGCGGUUUACUCCACAGCCAUCUCCAGUGGCUGUUGGAUAAUUACGAAACUGCAGAGGGUGUGAGCCUCCCCAGAAGUUCUCUCUACAACCACUACCUUCGGCACUGCCAGGAGCACAAGCUGGACCCUGUGAACGCUGCCUCCUUCGGGAAGCUGAUCCGCUCCGUCUUCAUGGGGCUGCGGACACGGCGGCUGGGCACCAGGGGCAACUCCAAGUACCAUUACUACGGGAUCCGCCUGAAGCCGGACUCGCCCCUGAACCGGCUCCAAGAGGACCCCCAGUACAUGGCCAUGCGGCAGCAGCCCACACACCAGAAGCCGAGGUACCGGCCAGCCCAGAAGACAGACAGCCUCGGGGACGGUGGCUCGCACGGCGGCCCGCACAGCACCCCGGAGCAGGCCAUGGCUGCCCAGAGCCAGCACCACCAGCAGUACAUAGAUGUGUCCCACGUCUUCCCAGAGUUCCCUGCGCCUGACCUGGGAGGCGCCCUGCUGCGGGAGAGCGUCACGCUGCACGACGUCAAGGCCCUGCAGCUGGCCUACCGGCGGCACUGCGAGGCAACUCUGGACGUCGUGGUGAACCUGCAGUUUCACUACAUCGAGAAGCUGUGGCUUUCCUUCUGGAACUCAAAAGCCCCCUCUGGUGACGGGCCCGCCUCUCUCCCUGCCAGCGACGGGGAGGCCGCAGGCGCCGUCCUCCCCAAGGACAAGCUGGUGUCCCUGUGCAAGUGCGAGCCCAUCCUCAAGUGGAUGAGGAGCUGCGACCACAUCCUGUACCAGGCGCUGGUGGAGGUCCUCAUCCCCGACGUGCUGCGGCCCGUGCCCAGCACCUUGACCCAGGCCAUCCGUAACUUUGCCAAGAGCUUGGAGGGCUGGUUGACGAAUGCCAUGAGUGACUUCCCACAGCAGGUCAUCCAGACCAAGGUGGGCGUGGUCAGUGCCUUCGCGCAGACGCUGCGCAGAUACACGUCGCUCAAUCACCUGGCCCAGGCGGCCCGGGCCGUGCUCCAGAACACUUCCCAGAUCAACCAGAUGCUCAGCGACCUCAACCGCGUGGACUUCGCCAACGUGCAGGAGCAGGCCUCGUGGGUGUGCCAGUGCGAGGAGGGCGUCGUGCAGCGGCUGGAGCAGGACUUCAAGCUGACGCUGCAGCAGCAGAGCUCACUGGACCAGUGGGCAGCCUGGCUGGACGGCGUGGUCACCCAGGUCCUGAGGCAGCACGCCGGCAGCCCCAGCUUCCCCAAGGCCGCCCGGCAGUUCCUUCUGAAAUGGUCCUUUUACAGCUCCAUGGUGAUCCGCGACCUCACACUGCGCAGCGCCGCCAGCUUCGGCUCCUUCCACCUGAUCCGCCUGCUCUACGACGAGUACAUGUUCUACCUGGUGGAGCACCGCGUGGCCGAAGCGACGGGGGAGACGCCCAUCGCCGUGAUGGGAGAGUUCAACGAUCUCGCCUCCUUGUCGCUGACGCUGCUCGACAAAGAUGACCUUGGAGAGGACCGCGUGGGUGUCAGCGAAACCGAGCCGGACGCCCGCGGCCUGGGUGAGCCGCUGGUGAAGAGGGAGCGUGGUGACCCGGGCCACUCCCUGCAGGGCGUCUAGCUGGACGGCGCCUUCCCUGGGCUCCGCCACCACCGUGCCUCUCAGCUGGUGUGACCUGACUCGCGUGGGCACCGGCGCCCCCUCACAGGACUCGCCAUCCCUCAAGAAAACCGUUGGUAACACGCAGAAGGUCACAGCAGGCUCCUGAGUGCCCGAACCACUCACCUGGUCCUCAAGGGUCAUCUUCUCCUUCCGAGCGCACGCUCUCUCUCUCCCCUGCUGGCCCAUGCCCACGCACCCCCGCCUGAGGGCCGCACGGUCGGCACCUCCAGCUGGGGCUUCCCUGUUCGGCGGGUUCCAAUUUCCACCAUUACUUUUUAAAAGUCAGGUCCCAGGAGGGAGGGCAUGUCCACGGAACCCCUGCCCUGGCGCCCGGUGGGGACAAGGGACCAUCUCAGCGCUGUGCCCGCGGCCGAUUGCCAAGACCCUGGACCACACACAGCCCACGGCCCCGUCCGCCUCAAAGAACAUGUCACGGAAAUGGCCUGCUCAUGCCGAGACACCGUGGUGUCUUUAAGAAUCAAAACCAUACAUUUUAUCAGCAACUAGGAGGAUUUGGAUUCUGUCCAAGUUCACAGCCAACAUCAAGCCAAACUGCUGGGUCUGGAAUGAGUUUGUUCCGAGGGGCCUGGGUGGUCAGUGUUUCAGUGGCGCCUUCUUCCGAGGGCGGCCAGUGGGGCCAAGUCUGCCUGGCUCCCACUCCACAGAAUCUUCUGGAAUGCCUGCCUUUGAACUAGCAAUCCUGGAGCACUUUGACCCCCCAGGCGAGUCCCAUCUUGAACUGCUCAAAGUCGAAACUCUUCUUUGAGUUAAAGGAAUCCGAGGACUUGCACGGCCUUGAGCUUUGAACGCUCUGGAUCUGUAUCCAUCAUAGCGUGUUGCACUUGGUUAGUUUCGUGCAGAGUUCUGCCCCCAAACCAACUGCAAAGGAGGACACACCUCUGGUCUAGGAAGCGCCAUCAUACGAAAUGCAAUAGUUUCGCCUUUUGGAAGUAUGUUUAUCUCCAUAGUUUUGUGCUCUACUUGUUAUUAGAAAGUCUCUUAUGAUCACACAUGUUGCAGGAUAUUCAGUCCCCAAUACUUUUUUCUCACGCACACAGAAGGCACUGGUGUAAACUCGCGAGGCCUUUAAAAACCCUCCCUCCUCGGCCGCCAGGUGUGCAGAGAGGUGUGGAGGGAAAGUCAGGACAGACAGGCGCCUAUUUUAGAGGCCAAAAGUCCACGGUGAUCACAAUGUUUGCCUGCUUUUAAGUUCAAGACUUAGAUGGAAUCAGACAGAAAGAAUGUCUUUAAAAUACAUCUCCUCUCUCCCGGGAGACGCUUCCGCUCCCGGCUCGA